CGCGUUUGUAACGCAUUAUUUGUCGGCCGUCCGAGUUUGCAGGUUUUUCGUACUCACCAGCCCACUUAAAUAAAUAUUUUAAGUACUUGUACCUAAAUAAUUUCACGAAACCAACGGACACGCGGCCGCGGCGAUGGUUGAAAGUAAUCUAAAUGUAAGUAAUUACAAUAUUAUUACCUAGCGGCAUUACUGGAACGAAUCGAAUCGAUUAGUAAUUAUUUCAAACUAAAUUGCGCUUUUUUUUUUUUGUACGUAUUAUCUUUUGUUAGGAAAUUUUUUUACGAACGAUACGUCUUUUUUGGUUGGUUAGGUUGGUUUUCAUUUCAUAAAUAUCAGACGGAAUCUGUUCAAAAUAUACUUAAUUAUAUUACACAUUGUCGGGGGGGGGGUGAAAUAUAAUCAUUUUCACAAUCAUAUAGAACAGUAUACUGAUACUAAACGGUGUUUGAAAUAUUUAAGGAGUGCAAUAUUUUGUAUUUCCAAUAUUUAUUAUUUUAGAUUUUCAGUGUAAUAGUUUUACUACGGUGUGAGUGUUUUUUUUUUACUACCUGUGAACAAGUCCCCAGUGUUCGCUCUUUUUUUUAUCUGUUUUUACUUGAUUAAUGGUUUUUUUUUUCUAAUUUAUUUUUGACAGAUUUAAAUGUUUUUAGGUUUUUACAAACAUAUACGGUGGUGGUAUAAUGGAUUUUUCAUGGCGGGGGGGGGGCGAGUACGAGACUGAUUUUUGAACAAUAUUAAUAUAAGUUACAUUAUUUUUUCGUAACGCAUAUUGUAAUAUAGGUAUCGUUUCAUAAUAUUUUUUGUUAUUAAUAUUUAAGGGAAAACAAAUCAUAAGAGGUACAUAUUCCCCUUACAACUUCCUCCCGUUGGACCGCCUCUGAAUUUCUAACCUACAAAAUUAACUAUACAACGUAAUGUUUCAAAAAUAAAUAGUCGUAUGUGUACUUUUGUUUUAAAACGUGUGACAUAUCGUGACAACUAUACGUGAUAUUUUUAUAAUAAUGCAGUAUAUUGCACUGUUUGACGAUGUCGAAUCAAAUAUUGGUGAGUAUAUCAUAUAAAAACGCAGUAAACAUACCAAUAUUUGUGUGAAAAUAAUACUAUACGGGUGGUUAUAUAGUUUUGACGUUAAUAACUUGUUUGGCAUGUUUUUUCAAACAAUUUUUAUUUCAAUAUACGGCACCAAAGAAAUCGGCGAUUAAUGCGCACUUUUUUAUUCUAUGUGUACACCUAUAGUAGACAGUUUCGAAAUGUAUUCGGCCGAAUCGUAUCGUACAAUAUAAUUCAAUUACUAUUAUUAUACUUUUAUUAUAUGGUAUCAAUGUAAAAACGCGGAACAAUAAUAAUAUAAUAGGUUUUUUUCAAAUACCUACAUUUUAAUCGUCGUCGAUAGAUAUUUUUAAUGUACUCGUUUAAUGCGUUGUGAUGAAAUUCGAAACGAUGAUGUAAAAAACCAUUUAAAAAUAACGCGCGUUUAUUAUUUUUUCUUUAAUUGCGAGUGUAAUUAUUAUUAUUAUAUAAUGUAAAGAAGAAAACAUGAACAAAAUGAGUAGAAAUAAUAUGGAAUUGACAAAUAAAAUAUGAUUGAAAAAUGUUCAGCAUUUAAUGCUGCCGUGGACAAAUAUCUUAUGUUGAAUGCAGGCAGGUUGCAUCAGUUCACGAUUGCAAAUAUUUUUCUAUCACAUUGCAUUUUUCGUAUUAUUUCUAAUUAUUGCCAUAUUAUGAUGCAUUUUGUUUAUUAUUUAAGUAGUAGUUUAAUAUAAAAAAAAGUUGUUGUGUAAACAAUUUUGUAAAACAGUGCGACAAACAAAUUAAUGUGUUACCGUAAAGAUUCUAACCUAACCACGCACACUAAAUCGGUAUUAAGCGUUUAGAAGUUAUAGUGAAAACCCACAUAGAUACAUAUGUGCAUAAAACCUAAACACAUACAUUUAGGUAAAUAAAUAGAUAUGCAUCAUAGACACUCGAGUAUUUUGAAUAUAAUAUUUUGAUUUCUAAAAGAAAAAUAAAUUUUAAAUCAAUAAUAUACACAUUAUUAUCGAAACGAUAUAAGAAAAGUUUGUAAAAAAAAAAAACAAAAACCACUAAUUUUUAUAAUUUAUUUAUUUAUUUAUGUAUCUAUAUUAAACGGGUUUAAACCCUGUAGCAAAAUAUAAAUAAUACGUACAAUUUCUGCGUAACUUGAUAAUUUGAUAUUUUAUAUAUAUGGAUACAAAAAAAAAAAAAAAAAAAAAAAAAAAAAAACAGUAUAAUAAAAGUAUAAAUUAUUAAAUUAACAAUAAAUAGUAACAGAAGUAGUCAAGAUAUGUUAAUAAUUCAAAAAACAUUAAUUUAAACAAGUAAAUUUAAGGCAAUAUAAACAUUAUGUUUGAAAGCAUUGCGUGACAUAGAAAAAAAAUCUACAUGGUCCGUUUAUGGGCUGGUAAUAAUGUAAAUAUCAUUAUAAUAGCUUAUGUCUUGUUGCACCACACGCUACUUCCUUCAGGGGUUAAAUUCUCCCGCAUUGACUUCAUACUUUGGAAUCUCAUCGGUUUAAUAAUAUUUUAUCCUGAAAUUAUAUAAUAUACUUCGGUUAAAAGUUACAAAGAAACAUAAAUUCUUAUUUAUUGAAUGGGAAUUGGCUUUUUCGGCUUUAGUUUUGAAACUCUCAUUGUAGGAUACAGGUGAAACAAAAUAUAAGACUGCAACUUGUUCAUAAACCAUGAUUAUUAAUUACAACAAUCAAUCCUGUCACAUUGGUAAUUUUUGGCCACGUUACCGUAGUAUAUUAAUAUGUAUAUGGAUAAAUAUUUUCGAUAAUUUAUAUUAAUAAGUUGUUUCAGACUCCCGUGGUCCAAAAUGGAUCGAAUUUGGAUGCCACAAAAGGGGAAUCGAUGACGCUGAUAUUUUCACCGGGCAAAGACAGUGUUGGAACACUGGCAAAGGCUUUAAAACUUUUCAAGGUAUAAAGUACAGUUUCAAAUUACAUAUAUUGUUUAUUAUGAAUUAAACUAAAUAACAUAUAACCAAUGCACACUUUGAAGAAAAGCUAUUUAAAAAUCCAUAGGUUAAGUUACACUAAUUUGUUCAAGACAUAUCUUUUUGUUUAAUUUGUCGCAUUUAAAAGUACAACUAUCGGAUAAAAGAUAAAAAGCUACGCAGUUAACGAACCAAUAUACUUAUUACUAAUAAUAUGAUAAAACGGGCUAAACAAAAAAAUAUUUCAACGUCUAAAUAUGUUAUAAAAAAUAACCCAUAGUUGGUUAUGGUAAAUCAAUCAGCUAAAGUUCCAUCUAUGGGUAACAUAUAUUUUUAACAUCCUAUAAAUAUCAUUAGAGAAUUAGAAAGAGUUAUUGAUUCACAAAAGUUUGCCAAACCCCAAACAUCAUACAAUUUUAUACCCCCGUAAAAUUGUUUUCUUGUCCCUUGUUAAACGCGACUCCGAUGGUAGGUAAUUCGGUAAUUGAAUCUAUUUUUUUGCUGUGAAAUUUAACCGGUGUUGCCCACUGAAAUCAACUGAAAAACUGAAAGGUGGUAUAAGACACAUAGACGUGCUUCGUAAUUUUGUGCAUUAUUAACCGAUUUUACGUUUACACAGGAACACAAUGUGAACCUUCUGCAUAUCGAAUCCCGGUCGUCGGACCGUAUGUCGAACCAGUACGAGUUUUUCGUCGAAUGUGCUCCCGGAGGUGACAUCGAAAAGGUGAUCGAAAUACUGAAGAACACGAUGACGUACUGUUCGGUCGUGUCCAGGAACGGAAUUCACAUCGGCGAAGAAGAAGAUAGUAAGUGCCCGUCUAUCAGGCCAGCAAUCUGCGUCCGGUUCGCUACAAAUAGGUUAGGUUAGGGUAGACGAUUAAGAUUGCCGGUCUGCUCCGAAAAUGGAUUUCGUUAAAUUGAUAUCUAGGCACGAUGGCACAUCGAAAACAAUUAUUUUCGUUUUAACAGUAGCCUCUUAAAAAGACUAAUAUAAGAGAUGUAUAUUUUCAGAAUCUACCAGUUUUCGACAAACAUAAAUACUACUGAAUUUGAUUUUAAACGUGUUUUCGUUUAAAAUAAACAUCUCAAAAAUUAAAAUCACUCCAGAUAUAUUUUUGUUUCAAGAAAUCUGUUGUUAUUAAUGAAAAUGGUUUUUUUUCGGCUAUCCUUUAUUUUAGCGGUUGAAAAAAGUAUUUUUUUCUUUCUAAAUUUCAUAUUGGUGGCUUCGAGACACCAAACGAUCGAACUGUUGUAGUUAUAAUAGAUAAUGGAAAUAUGGAAAUCGUUGAACUCGUUCAAAUUGUUAUUAUUGUUAAUUUUUUUUAGAAUUCAUACCAUGGUUCCCGUUGAGGAUCAGGGACCUGGACAAGUACGCCAAUCAGGUCAUGUCUUACGGCGCAGAGCUUAAUGCCGACCAUCCCGGGUUCACGGAUCCCGUGUACAGGGCUAGGCGGAAGUAUCUAACCGAGUCGGCGAUCACAUACAGACAGUUGAGUAUACCUAAUUAAUUAGUGCCGUCACCUGCUAGACCUGUUGACAUUUGUUUUUCCCGGUUGGAUUAAUGCAGCGGAGAAAAGUUACCACACGUCAAUUACACCGAGGAAGAAGUGAAAACGUGGGGCACCGUGUUCAGGGAACUGACCAAACUGUACCCGACGCACGCGUGUAAAGAAUUUAAUCACGUGUUUCCGCUAUUGAUCGAAAAUUGCGGUUACGGAGAGAACAACAUACCGCAGUUAGAGGACAUUUCCAAUUUUCUUAAGGGUAAAUAGCAUACCUACUUACGUUACCAGUGACGGCUCAAGUAUUUUCAUAUCGGGUAUGGGGAUAUGGGAGGGGGAUAUGGAUAACUAACUAAUUAUAGAUAACUAAUAAUUCUAAUGAUAUUAAAGUUAUCAAUAAUAGUAGAUAAUCGUUUUGUAAUAUUCCUUCUAAUUCUUAUCGUCACAGACAGUACCGGAUUCACUCUGAGGCCGGUGUGCGGGCUCCUGUCGUCCAGGGACUUUUUGGCGGGACUGGCUUUCAGGGUGUUCCAUUCCACCCAGUACAUCAGACAUCACAGCAAACCGCUGUACACUCCCGAACCGGACAUCUGUCACGAGCUCCUGGGUCACGUGCCGUUGUUCGCCAACCCGGCAUUCGCGCAAUUUUCGCAAGAAAUCGGACUGGCGUCGCUCGGCGCGCCCGAGGAUUACAUAAAAAAAUUGGCCACGGUAAAUUCAUACGGACGCAAUAACAAUAUAACAGUGACGAUUAUUGUGUUUCGUCGCGUUGAAAUACUUUCGUGAACUAUAAGUUAUAAUAAUAUGAUGCAGUCACGCGCACCGAUUUCCCCCUGAACAUUGCCGAAAAAAUCGUAACACCGUUUAAAUUCGAUAAUAGUUUUGAUAUUCUAUACGAUAAUAGAAAAAGUUGAGAUAUUUAUCCGAAUAAGAAAUAUGCAAUACAGAGCGCAACAUCAUUGAACGCAGUUAUAAACGGAGUUCGGAAAUUAUAGCAUUAAAAAAGUGAAAAUUGAACACUUUAACAUGCGUUUUAAAAACACCAAACAGAACUGGACAUAUAGAAAUAUGGUAAAAUUACCAAACAAAUUAUAUGAUUCUUUGUCUAAAAUUUUGCUUUUAACGAAGACAUGGCGUGUUUUAUUAGAGUUAUAAUUCAGUUUCACGACAAAAUAUUUGUAUUUCCUUUAAAAAUAUGUUUAUGUUUAGUACUUCGAACAGUUUCUUCAUAUAAGAACCCCCCCCCCCCUCCGUUUAAUUAUAGAUUCGAAAAGAAAAUAUUUUUUUAGAACUGUUAAUAUGCAAUAACAAUAAUAUCGGAUUUGUCGUUUAUGAGUUAUAAUAACUAGGGCUUCAAUUCAAAUGUAUUAAUCACCAUCAAAAUAUAUUUAAAAAAAUAAACGGACAUGCUUCGCACGAUGGGUGGGCCACUACUGUAGGUGAGAAGUUGGGAAGGUAGAGAGGAAAUAUUUAUGUCUGUACGCAACGAUUAAUUAUUGGUAACGAAAAUCGAUUGUGAGCGGAGUUCGGUUAUACAUAUUUUGAAAGGUGGAAUAUUUACGAUUUAAAAAUAAAACAUUUCGUUAAUCUUUCAGGUUUUCCUACUUUUCCGAUUGAUUAUGGAAACCACUUGGGAAAUCAAAAAACGACCUACUUAAAGUACCACCCCAUAAAAAAUGUAUCAAAAGUGUACAGUAUACACCGUAUACUCUUUUAAUGUAUAAAGACUAUGGGUAAAAACACUUGAAAUAUGUAUAAAAUAAAAUUGAACGGUUUAAAUAAACAGCAAUUAAAUUCACUAAAAAUUCUUCGAGAAAAUCGUUGGUCCUUGGUAAAUUAAUAAACUAACACAUCGUUGAAUUAUGCAAUACAUUUGUUUCGCACUAUAACAUGUCUAAUACAUACUAAAGAGACUAUGCAAAUGCUAUAACAUCCGAGUCCCGGUUAUAAUAUUUCAUCAGUUUUGCCAAUAUAUUACAUGCGGCACGGAAAAACUGCAAACUGUCCAGUUUCUUUCGGGUAUCGGUUCCACACGUCGUCGUCGUUUGAACGAUCGUCCAGCGGGCCUAUAAAAUCACGACCUAAUCGCGAAACGCGUCAAGCACACAAUAACAAACUCGUGCGUAUUAUUAUUGAUAAAAACCCGUAACAUCGGUAGGUGCCAAUAACAAUAACGGUGUCUGUUAUAGAUAUCGUAACGACAUCGGUGGUUUUUAUUUUUUAUAUAUUUUUUUUUUUAUACCGUACACUCAACUAUUUUUGUCGUUACCGUAAGUAGUAACAAAAACAACAACAAAAAAAGCCAGACGGGACGAACGGGAUUUAGUUUAAAUACUGGUCGGAAACAAAAAUCGAUUCUGAAGUUACACUUACUUAAGUCGGUAUUCGUAUCUUUAGUGACUAAAGGAUAUCAUAUGAGCCCACAUAAUAGGGAAAUUGAAAUUUCAUAAUCCGCUGUGAUAUCGUCUUUGCAGAUCUCUACGUGGUACAAAUAAAUUUUGUCUAUGACCUCUGCAGCGUAUCUCGUCAUUUGUCAUCAGUUUUUUUUUUUUAAACGAAUUUCUAGAAAUACUAUCGGGAAUCUGGGAAAAUGUCUAAAAUGAAUUAUCAUGGGACGGGAAAUUUGCAUUUCGGCGUGAAAGUUGUAAAGCGUUUAAGCCAUAAGGUCGCUGGGAGUCCAAAGGGAUUCUAUAGUCGGAGUCUUGUGUGGGAUUCUAAUAAUUGCUGAUAGGAUUCCCUGUACGUGUCCAAUAGGAAUUUCUUGUGGGAAUUUCCUGGGCAAUCCCGAGGUGAGGUUAAGUAAGGUUUCUAAACUUUAGAAAAUGAAAGAUCUUUUUGAUACCGACCGAUAAAGCGGUCGCAGACAAGAGUAGCAAAAACAAAUACGGUUUUUUAAAACCAAUACGUGAUAUUGUUACGUUGCAGUGUUAUUGGUUCACCGUCGAGUUCGGGCUGUGCCGCCAGGACGGCGAGCUGAAAGCGUACGGCGCGGGGCUGCUGUCGUCGAUCGGCGAGCUCGAGUACUCGCUGUCCGGCAAACCGGCGCUCAAGGAAUUCGAUCCCGAGGUGACGGGCAACGAAGAGUAUCCGAUCACUGAAUACCAGCCCACGUAUUUCGUGGCCGAGAGUUUCGACGACAUCAAAGAGAAGCUGAUGUGAGCGCGUCAUACUUACCGAAUACGUGUUUUCUAUUUCGUUGUGUGUGUUUUGCAUGUGUAACUCAUUCGUCGUCUCGCGUUUUUUCCGCAGCAAAUUCGCCAAGACAAUACCGAAAAAAUUCGGAGUCCGGUACAACCCGUACACGCAGAGCGUACAAGUGUUGGACUCGAAAAUGCAGCUCCAAGAACUGGCCAACAACAUCAGCAGCGAUCUGCAGAUACUGCGGUACUCUAUGAACAAGAUGGAUUGAAUACGACCGACCCCGCGGCCCACAGAACCCCGUCCGAAAUCGCCAGCCCGUUCCCGUCGCGCGCCGCAACGUAAACGCGUCACGAUGCCGUAGCGAUUGUUACCGUUGUCGUCAUUAUCAUCGUCGUUAGACCGGUGUUAUUAUUGUUAUUAUACCUAGUUGUUAUUAUUAUUGUUAUCACUAUUAUUUGUAUUGUAUACAUCAGUAAUAAAUAUAUAUAUAUA